UUGGUUUUUACUUAAUGACUUGCACAUAACACCUUACAAUUGCUUAAAAGUGUAAAUCAUAAAUGUACAUUUCCUAUUAGAUGAUUACUUUUCAGAGGUAAGCAACUUACUACUUAAGCUAAUUAAAAUCCCAACAUGUGGAACUUUUAAAGAAAGAUAAAGCUGAACUUAACAAUUAAUUCUUAACUUAGUAUGUUGCUCACAAUAUGUUUUAUUUGAAACAUGACAUGUCAUUGAAUAUUUAUUCAUGUUUUCUAGAAACAUUUGAAAUGUAAGCCAAAAACGAAAUAGUUAAAAAAAAAUCAGCUAAUUAUUCAGAUAUGAAAUUAUUAGUUAAUGAGAGUCACUGUACAAUCAGAAAGAGAACAUUUCCACUUUCUUUCACAGUGUUAAUAUAAGAUCCGGGAACUUAAGAUGAUGGACAUAUGACAUAGACAUGAAAACUGCAAUAAGAUUCCAUAUUUAUCUUUUUUUUAUUAUUAUUAUUCUUUAGUUUAAUUAUUCAUGUGUCAAAAUCAGAACCACGUUCUGUUUCAGUUGAAAAUGGUUGUCCUUCAGAGAGUCCUUUAUUACUUGACAUGACAGAAUACAAUAACAUAAAAUUAUAUAUAUAUUAAGGGACACAAUAUCAAUAAAUAAGAUAUUAUUGUGAAGGUUCUAGUCACAGUCAUGGUGUAGUGAUGUCUGAUCUUGAUGGAAAAAGUUCUGAAAGUCGACUGUAUUUACUGUUUGUUGUAGUAAAAAAUAAGUUACAUUGUUGGUCAGGUGAUUUAUGAAAAGGUGUCAUGUGAUUUCCUGGAGAUUUUACUAUGCUUCUCUAAGCCAGAAAUCCUGUUUGACUAGAUCUACACACCACAGUGUUUGGUAAACCCGCGGUACUUUAACAAAACAACUGACGUGUUUUCCGACAGAAGCACUAAUUUAAUUCAGUACCCAACCCGACUUGCUCAACAUAAAGGUCGCAACUUGAACUGCACCCACAGUAUAUCUACUACAUAAAGCAGACAAAAAUAACCCCUGUACAUUGUGGCUAUUCUCUUUCACAGGUAAUAAUCACAGACAAUGAGGUGACUUGAUAUGUUUAAUAAUAAUAUUUAGCCUGUCCACCUGUGCUUAUUGAUUCCUGGCAUGCACUGCAAAUGACAAUGUGAAUAUUUUUUCCAUCCAUGUGCAGGACCCUGCUACACAGAAUCAGGAAGAGUUUAUCUCUUCAAGUGUCAUGAUUUAAUACUCAAACAUCAUUCAUACGGUGAACACAAGGAUAAUGAACAGCCUAUUGAAAAAAGGAGAGAUGAGUGGAACACCUGAACUGUCUGACUCUAUUGAGCUCAGCAGUAUGGGUCACCGUCUGACCAUUGUGUUAUUUGGAAACUCUGCUGCAGUCCAGUAUCAACACGAUAAUAUUCUUCUUGGAGAAAUACAACCAGAUAUUGAAAAUGUAGCAAUAUCUAGGACUGUUUCUUCGCAGAUGAAGAUAUCAGGAUGUCUUGUCUCAGUGAUCAACCUGAUUGGCUUACAUGAGACUGCACUUGAUCUGGAUUCCCUGACUGGUCAACUAGUGAAUGACAAUGAAAUCAUAGCUUUAAUCUUUGUUGUGCGACUGGGCCAGUUAACAGAUUCUGAUAAGAUGGGUCUUGAGUGGCUUCAGAGAGUGUUUGGUGAUGAAGUUCUUCAGUUUGUGAUGAUUCUCUUCACCUAUGAGUGUGAGGAAGAGUCUGACUCUAUAAUAGAUGAUCUGAAGAAAAACUCAGCUCUGGAGCGGCUGACUGAGAAAUGUGGUGGAAGAUUUCACACCUGCAGCAAGAACAUGAACAACAAGUCAGAGAUGAGAGAUCUACUUAACAGAAUUGAGAAUCUGUUUACUGAUAAUAAACAGAAGUGCUACACUAGUGAGAUGUUCAACACUGCAUUAAGAGAGAGAGAAGACCUGCAUAACAGGACACAUCAAAGUGAUCAAGAAGAGAGCAUGGAAUACAGCACAAAAACAGAGAAAAGAGAGACACUAGAGGUAGACACACAUUCAGAAGUUGUUGCAAGACUGAAUCAAAGGAAAGAAAGUGGAAUCAGUGAAAAAGUAGAGCAUCUAUUUCAAAGACUCUGUCUUGAUAAUGUAUAUCAGUGUAAGCUUAAAGCUGCAGAUGUUCUUCAGUUAACUGCGCAUUCAUUAGAGUCUCAUGAGUCUUGUGCUGAGAAGGACCUCAUUCAGAAUUUCCUACAAAAACUACUGAUGAUGAACUACAGAGCAAGAUACAUCAAAAUUAAAGAGACCAAUCAGCAACAUGACGAAGAACAAAGAAACAGUGACUUAUGUGAAGAAGAGGCUGAUGUUGAUGUUUUCACAGAAAUGCUAUUGUUUAAAGAAGAAACAAACAGGAGUGAUGCUAUUCACCCGAUGGAUGUUCAGAUGGCUGUGUUUCAUUGUGCUGAUAGUUUCCUGAAACAGCUGAUGGUGACUAAACUGUCUCAGUGUCAGUACGCUCUGCCUCUGCUUGUUCCUGAUCCAUUCACAAAAGAGAUUGAGUUUCCUCUCUGGACAUUCAGACAAAUAAACAAGAGCUGGAAGAUGAAAAAUGCUAAAAAUGAAACCAUCGGAAAAAUCCAGCCUAUCUGGAAGGCAAAAACACCAAUGGUGUCUUUCUUCAGGUUUGGCUCAGUGUCCUCAUCCAAAUCUCAGCUGAUGAGCCAUCUGAUCAAUGAGAAACACAACACAUUCUUCCACAGGAACUGCCCAGGUAGCAGCAGUACCAGAGUACUGAUGGAUGGAGUGGUGGAAAUCGGCUGGUACUGCCCCUCUGAUAAAGACACAGAUAAAUUCACUCAGUGCAUUGCUUUCUGUAACCUUCACGGUGAUGCAGGAAACAAUGAGAGACAGCUGCAGAUCCUCACUGAAAUGGCCUCAGUCAAUGUUGUUAUUUUACCACGACUUGACAGAAAUGACAAGAAUGGAGAACAGAUUCAAGGAUUGUACAAGAAACUAAAGCCACUUAUUUUUCUUUUUACUGAGGAUAAAUCUAGAAUAACUAAGACGAGGCAAGGAAAAUACAAAAUUGGUUUAAAAGACAGAAAUCAGUCGGAUGUAUCUGAGGACCUCAAACAAGCUAUAAAUAAAUGUCUCUCAUCCUCAUCUUUAGAAUCAUCAUCUGUUUUUAGACUUGAAGAUGUGUCAAAACAGUUAGGUAUCAGAGUAGAUGAGGAACGGGACAAUGACUGCAGAAGAGGAAAAGAAGCAGCCCAACAGAUGAUGGUUUUACUAGUGAAAAAAAACCUGACAGAAAUCAAAGAAUCAUUUCUGCCCUGUCAGGGAAAACUGUGGCAUCAGUGGUGUGAAAAGAACAAAGAACUACAUCGAUCUCAGGGAAAUGAAACAGACAUGGUAAUAAAACAGGAACAAGACAUGAAGAAAAUCCGUAAACAGCAGCAUGUUCUGGACAUUUGUGAGUUCAUGAAGUUGUUUAUUACAGAAAUAAAUUCACAAACUCCAAAUAAGAAGCAUUUUUUUCUGAAAUGGCUCACAGUCCUGCUGGAUGAAUACACUUCAGCUGACCUUUCUGCUCUACAUUACAAGUAUGAUGAAAAGUGGUCAAAAGUCUUAAAACUGAAAGAGAAAAAUGGUAUAACCGAGCAACAGAUGGCAACAAAUUUGACUGAUGAACAAACAGAACUUGAAAGAAUAUCAAAAGAACUUCAAGCUGCAACCUUUGGUUUGGAGCACAUUCUGAGGGAGAUCGGUCAGAUUUAUGAAUCAUGUAAAUCAGUGAACAAGAACAAGAAAGGCCUGCCGUGUGAUUUUUCUUCUCUUCCGAGUCUUGCAGCAGAGAUGAUGAUCUCUGGAUUUCCAGUGGAGCUGAUGGAUGGAGAUGCUGCUCAUGUUCCUGUGGUCUGGCUUACUGCUGUUCUACAUGAACUCAUCCAGAAACUGGGAGACCAGAGAGUCUUUGUGCUGUCAGUUUUAGGGAUCCAGAGCUCUGGGAAAUCCACUAUGCUGAACGCCAUGUUUGGACUCCAGUUUGCUGUCAGUGCUGGCAGAUGCACCAGAGGAGCUUUCAUGCAGCUGGUCAGAGUAUCAGAUGAGGUAAAAACGGAAAAAUUACUGAAGUUUGACUAUAUUCUGGUUGUUGAUACUGAGGGACUUCAUGCUCUAGAUUUGGCUGGAAGGUCAACAAGAAAUCAGGACAAUGAAUUGGCCACAUUUGUUGUUGGUCUUGGUAAUCUGACAUUAAUCAACAUCUUUGGAGAAAGCCCAUCAGAGCUGCAGGACAUUCUUCAGAUCGUUGUUCAGGCCUUCAUGAGGAUGAAGAAAGUUAAUCUGUCUCCCAGCUGCGUGUUUGUUCAUCAGAACGUUUCAGACGUCACAGCUGGAGAGAAAAACAUGGAGGGAAGAAGACGACUGCAGGAGACACUUGAUGAAAUGACAAAACUUGCUGCUAAAGAUGAAGUCUGUGUUGCAGAACGUUUCAGCGAUGUCAUUACUUUUGAUAUUCGGGAAGAUGUGAAAUAUUUUGCACCGCUCUGGGAGGGAAAUCCACCAAUGGCACCACCAAACCCAUCAUACUGUGAAAACAUCCAAGAGCUAAAGACCAUGUUUUUUAGCCAUGCCUCUAAAUCAGAUGGCUUACAGCUGACACAACUUAAAUGCCGUAUUAAAGAUCUCUGGGAGGCUUUACUGAAUGAACGAUUUGUGUUCAGCUUCAGAAAUUCUCUGGAAAUCACAACAUACAGAAAACUAGAGACCAAAUACAGCAAGUGGUCCUGGAGUCUCCGCAGAACUAUGCUGGAUAUAGAGAACAAACUCUACAACAACAUAGAAAAUGAAACAAUUGAUAGGGUUUCAGAAAGUCAUCUUCAAGAGAAACUAAAGGUGAAAAGUCGAGAAGUAGAGGAAUCAAUGUCAGAACUCUUUGAGAAGGAUGAAGAUAAAGAUAUACUGAAACAGUGGAAAGCGUCAUUUUACAUCAAAAUAAAAGAGCUUAAAAAAAACAUUGUGGGAGAAACAAUGAGGAAAUUAAAUGAGAUUAUUAAGCAGCAACAUGUAAAGAAAGCGAUUGAUGCUCAGAGGACAUGUCAUGAAAAUACUCUCUUGGAAAAGAGCAAAGAACUUGCACUGACACUCAAAGACAAAGCAAAUGAUGAAGGAGUCCUGAAAACAGAGUUUGAUUCUUUUUGGAAAGAGUGUGUUAAUAAGAUUAAAGCAGAAACUCCUCCAAUUGAAGACACUGAUGUUUUAAAAGAUAUGCAACAACUCCUCCAUGACAUCUAUGAAAGUGGCCCUGUAAAAGCCUGGACAGAGAGCAAAGAUGUUUUCUCUGUGUUGAGUUAUUCAGAUUAUGUACAGUUCAAGAAAUCCAGUGAGAUCACAGGACAUGGUAAAAAUGAAACAUCUUCUGAAAAGCUUGAUUAUAAACUAUCUCAGGAGGCGGAAGCCCAAAUAAGAACCUUAAUAAAUGACAUCGCUCAUCAGACAGACCAAAAAAUCAUGUCAUAUAACAUUGCAAAGAUGGGAUACAAUAAAACCUACAUUCAAGAACUUGCAGAUUAUAUCAAAGCAAGAAUAGUAGAUUAUGAGCAAGAUUUCAGGAACUAUGUGUUCACAAAUGAAUUUUAUAUGGAUUUGGUCAUUUCCAUCUGUAAGAGAGAAAACAAGGUAAUUACUGAACAACACAGAAGAUUCAGGGAAGCCAACGAUCCUGUUUUAUACUUUGAACAGAAGAGUGAAGAGUACUAUAGUAUUUUCCAGAAAUACUGUCAUGGUGCAACAUCAGCUGCCAUUUUUGGUGAGAUUAUCUGUCAGAAAUUGAAGGAGCCCAUUCAAAAGAGUGUCUACAAAGAUACUGCCAGAGAUAUCACUAAUGAAAUUCGAACAAACUGUGAAUCACUCAAUGGAAACAGAUCUAACCUAGAGAAGCACAUCCUCAAGACUCUGGCAGAACAAGAGGAUUUUAAGAAAUACAUUAACUACUUAAACAAUCCCAGAGACCACUUCAAGAGUUUCAUCAGAGAUGAAGUCAGUCAGUACAUCACUGAUAAGUUUGAAGAAAGUGUACGGCCCAAGAUGAAGGAGAAAACUGAUCUCCUGCACCAGAAGAUCAUGGAAGCGGUUCAUAGAGCGACUACACUGGUCAACACGACCAAUGGAGAUGUUCAGAAGUGGCUGUAUCAUUUCACACUGCAGCUCUCAGAUGUGCUGAUAUUCUCUGUAAAGGACCUCAGUGGAGUGAGUCAUGAAGGUGUUAAUGAUUUCAGCCUCCUGAAAAAAGUAAUAAGUGUGGAACUUCAUUCAGUAUCUUUAGAAAUACAACAGAAAUUUAGCAAAGAGACAUUUCCUGUAAAUCUGGAAGAGAAGGACAGACCAGAUGACAUUCUGUUUGAUCAUCUCUGUCAAUGCUGUUGGGUUCAGUGUCCAUUCUGUGGAGCCUCCUGCACCAACACAAUAGAAAACCACUCUGGAGAUCACAGUGUUCCUUUCCAUCGAGUGAAUGGACUCACUGGGUGCUGUUAUCGGGAAACAGAGAAUCUUAGUGCACAUUUUUGCACAACUUUAGUGACAACUGCUGACAUGUUCUAUACUGGUCAGUGGUUUCUGUGCAGAGAAUACAGAAAAGCAGGAAAUGUUUAUGCAGAAUGGAACAUCACUCCUGACAUCUCUGAGCUGCCAUACUGGAAGUGGUUUGUGUGCAGAUUUCAGAAAGAUCUUUAUGAAUACUUUGGGAAAACUUUCCACAUGUGGGAUAAGAUUUCAGAUGAAUGGAAUCAAUACUCAAAAGAGCAAGCUAUUGAGAGCUUGGAUAAAUACAUCUAAUUACACAGCUGUACAUCAGUCAUUUGUAGGUCUCUUAUUCACUGGCCACAGUUUGAAAUAGUUUCUGUUGUAUGUGUGUGUAAUGAGGCAUUUACCAUUUUUUUUUACUGUUUAUGUGUAAUCAUGUUGCACUUAAUGGAUAAUGCUCAAUUAUUUUAGAUUAUGUCAUCUUCAUUAAAUGAGAUUUGUGUGACUUCAACACUGUGAAGUUCAAAGUUCACCUUUGAAUGCCUUGAGAAAAACAAAAUGUAAGGUUUUGGAGUGGCCAAGUGCAUGUUGCUGUGCAUGACCUUAAACGGUCCUUCAUGCUUGAAAACUCUCCAAUGUGGCUGAAAUAAAACAAUUCAGCAAAGAAGAGUCUGCCAAAAUUGCUCUACAGCGAUGUGAAAGACUCAUUGCCAGUUAUUGCAAAGGCUUGAUUGCAGUUGUUGCUGCAAAGGGUGGCACAACCAUUAGAUUUUGGGGGCAAUUACUUUUUCACGUAGGGCCAGGCAGGUUUGGACAGCUUUUUUCCCUUAAUAAAAUAUAAUCAUAAUUUCAAACUGCAUUUUGUAUUUAUGUAUCUAUAGUAUAAAAUUUAGUUUGAUCUGAAUCAUUCAAGUGUGAAAAAUAUGCAAACAUUAAAAAAAGAGGAUGAGGGCAAAAACUUUUUCACAGCACUGUAUAUUUGGUAUAAAUAAGCUAUACUGUAUGUACUUUAACAUGGGCAUGGCAGAAGGCAGGAAGACACCUCCUACUUCCAGCUUCACAAGGUCCAAUUGAAUUGAAAUCGGGGAACUGGAGGUCAAGGCUACACCUUAACCCUUUAGAACCUGAAGCUAAAUAGAUCAUUUUUACGUAUUUAAUUUCUUUCUAAAAUUCUAAAAUGAAAUGUUCAAGUGCAAGGUGUUAAAAAAUUGUUUGUGAAUAGAAUUUAAAUAGUGUAAAAAAAUUAUAAAUUAUAAUACAUUUUACUGGUUUAUAUUUACAAAAAAAUAAAACACAUGAAGGAACGAAUCUAACAAAUAC